CUAUAUAAACAUAAGGCGAGACCUGUCAGUAGUCAAUUCAGAAUUGGUCAAAUGGUUUUCAGGUGUUCACUUGCUGGUAUUUGGUUGGCAGUCCUGAUCCUUAGAGGCUGUGGGGCAGCGCGCAAGUGGGACUAUGAGCCCAUCUCGAUAGCCACCUACAGCUCAGAUGACAGCUUAAUUAAACUCGAUGUGAAAAUUGAGCGCGUUGCACGCGGUGUGUAUGGAGUUACCGGCAGGAUCAAUUGGAACUACGAUACGAGUGACAAGACCAUGGUCGAGGCAACUGUGUCUCGAAGCGAUUCGGGGGAUGAGAGCGACUACAAGCUGCUUCCUUGGGCAAUUCCCCCGCAAUCCCUUUACGACCACAUGAACACUUAUUACAAGGAUGUGUCGAUGAAGAACUUUAAGCACUGUUCCAAUGUUCCCCAAUUCGUGGGAAAAUUCCAACCGCCAUUGCCGAAGAUGAUUUACAGCGGCGACAAAUGCGUAAUAGAUGGAGACGGGUUACCCGAUAUCAUGCCUCCCGGAUUCUACAAGGUCAUAUUGAAAUGCUCCGGACCGGGUCAGCCUACAUGGAACUCUACUUCUAUUUUUAAAAUUACAACAAAAAUGUUUUAAAAUUCGCAA